UAAGCGUCUGCCGCCGAAGCGCGACUCGAUUAGCCGGGCUAAGGCGGGAGCGGCGCGGGCGCAGCCUCGGCAGAGACGGAGGAAGGCGGCGAGCGGCAGGGCCUCGCUCCGGUCCGGGAUGAGCGUGACGGGGACGCCCGCCGUGGUCUCGGUGUCCAUCAGCAGCACCCUCAACGCCUUCCGGGCCCUGAAGCGGUACCCGCGCGGGCUCACCAUCGCGGAGUUCAAGUGUAAGCUAGAACUGGUUGUUGGAAGCCCAGCAUCAUGCAUGGACCUAGAACUCUAUACUGUGGAUGACCAGUUUGUGAUGAAGUUAGACAGUGAUGAUGCCUUGCUCGGAUCUUAUCCCAUUGAUGAUGGAUGCCGGAUCCAUGUUAUUGACAGAAGCGGCGCAACAAUUGGUGAAUAUGAAGAUGCGUCAAGGGUUGAGAAAUUUGAGAUGCCUGAUGAUGAAUAUGACAAGAGAACAAAUACUGCACGUUCCUUCAUGAAACGCAGUAAGUUGGGGCAGUAUAAUAAGGAAGAAAUGCAGAAGAAGGAAGCAGAGUUGGAGAAGAAGUUGGCAGAAGAGAAGGUCCUGGCAGAGGCCAUCUCUGUUGGGGCAAGGUGCGAGGUGCGGGCCUCAGGACCGCCAGAUAAACGGGGGACUGUGAUGUUUGUCGGCUUGACGGAAUUCAAGCCUGGUUACUGGAUCGGCAUAAAGUAUGACGAGCCUUUGGGGAAGCACGAUGGCAGCGUGAAUGGAAAGCGGUACUUUGAGUGUCAACCCAAGUACGGAGCCUUUGUGAAGCCUCAGCAUGUCACUGUGGGAGAUUUCCCAGAAGAAACCUAUGGCUUGGAGGAUGAAAUGUGACAGGGAUGGGAAGAGGCAGGAAUGCGGAAGAAAGGGGCAGAGGAGGAGGAGGAGAGCACCGCCACCCCUGCUCCCGGUGGGACUCUGCUGCAUUCUUGUCCUGUGCCCGAGGUCACUUGGGCGAGCCCAAAGGACUCGUCGUGGAAGUUGCUGUGUGUUCCUUGACUUGUGUGUUAGUUUUCUUUUUCUCUGGUUGUCUUUGUCAGUUGGAGAAGAUGCAGCAUUCCCUUGAUUUCUCUGACGUAUAUUCCCCUCUGUGCCAAUUCAGUAAAACAGAGGAUUCUGGUG